CUUCUCGCGACCAAACAAAGCCUGCAAAGCAAACUGGCUAACAGCAGGGAACAGAUUCGAGCACUGGAUGCCACAAAUGACAACUACCGCAAGCAACUUGAUGAGGCAAAACAGCUCCUGCAACAGAAGGAUGUUCAGGCAAUGUGGAUUACCCUCAGGCUUUGCUACUCUCACUCCUUUUUAGACAACAGAACUAGCAGCGUCUACUAA